AUGCCUGUCGUCCGUCUCGCCGCCCUGCAUGCUCCUCAGCUUGUCGAGGUGCUUCGAAGCCCGUCCGCCAAGACGCCGUCGGAGUUGCAAGCACAAGUGAUGAUGCUGGCAAUCGCUAGCAGUUCGAUUACUCACGGCCCGGGUGGCCAGCCCCGACGGCAAGCGAAUGCCUACUCUUCCAGCGGCAUCGACAAAGUGCUUGGCCGUCCGUACCCGUUGCCUUGCUCCCUCGUCGUCGUCGGCGUCAUCAUCCGUACGACCAAUUCCGCGGCGGCAGCGGCGGCAGCUCCCGUGCCAUCACAGCACCCGCAAACCCCGACACCCGUACCCGUUGCCUUGCUCGCUCGUCGCCUCCGCGCCAGCAGCGGCAGCAUGGCUCUCACGGCAAGGCAGAUCGCCAUCGUCAAGUCGACGGCGCCCAUCGUCAGGCAGCAUGGCCGGACCAUCACCACCACCUUCUACGCCCGCAUGCUCGCGGCCCAUCCCGAGCUCAAAAACUACUUUUCCCUGCGCAACCAGCAGACGGGUGCCCAGCAGGCGGCCCUCGCCGACGCCGUCUUCGCCUACGCCGCCCACAUCGACAACCUGCCCAAGCUGACGCACGCCGUCGAGCGCAUCGCCCACAAGCACGUCUCCCUCUUCAUCAAGCCCGAGCAGUACGCCAUCGUCGGCCGCCACCUCGUCGGCGCCUUCGCCGAGGUCCUCGGCCCCGCCCUGACGACCGAGGUCAAGGACGCCUGGGUCGCGGCCUACGGUCAGCUCGCCGACGUCUUCAUCGGCCGCGAAAAGCAGCUGUACGACGCGGCCGGCGCCGACUGGAAGUCGUGGCGCGCCUUCACCAUCGUCAAGAAGGCACGCGAGUCCGACGAUGUCGUCAGCUUCUACUUGGAGCCCAAGGAUGGUCGCGCCCUUGGCCGCUUCCUCCCCGGCCAGUACGUCUCGCUCCAGGUGCCCAUCCCCGAGCUCGACGGCCUCCUGCAGAGCCGGCAGUUUAGCCUCAGCACGGCGCCCGUCGACGGCAUGCGCCAGUUCCGCAUCAGCGUCAAGCGCGAGGCCACCAUCCCGGGCGCCACCCGCGACGAGCUCGCCGAGGGCCGCGUCCCGGGCCUCAUCUCCAACAUGCUGCACGACAGGUACGACGUCGGCGACGAGGUCCAGCUCAGCGCCCCCUGCGGCGAGUUCUUCCUCGACGCGCCGAAGCCCGACACGCCCGUCGUCCUGCUGUCCCUCGGCGUCGGCGCCACCCCCGUGCUGUCCAUACUCGACUCCAUCCUGCUGGAGGAAAAGGCGACGCGGCCCGUGAGCUACAUCCACGGCGCCGCCCGCUCCGACUCGGUCUGCUUCGGGGACCACAUCCGCUCCGCCGCCGCCCGGCACGCGAACCUCAAGCCCGUCCUGUUUGCCGAAAAUGUCGGCCGAGGCCACGGCGAGGGACGGGACUACGAUUUCCACGGCCUCAUGGACCUCGCCAAGGUCCGCGACGAGCUGCACCUCGGCGACACCGACGCCCAGUACUACGUCUGCGGGCCCGAGGAAUGGAUGGUCGAGACGAGACGCUGGCUCGCCGACAAGGGUGUCGACCAGGAGCGAAUCCACCUCGAGCUGUUCCGGACCGGCGAUGUCUGA